GGCCCCGCCCCUUCCGGCAGGGCGGAGGGCUGACUCACCUCAGGGUUGUCAUGGCGGCGGCCGCUGUCCUCCUCCUGCUGUUCUGCGCUGCCGUCUGCCCCGCCCGAGGCUGGGACCAGCCGGGGAGGGUUCUGCUGAGGGAGGUACAGGCGCUAACUCUUCACAGAGGUCAGUACACGACGUCCCGGCGGACAGCUGCUGUCCCUCAGUUACAGUGCACAGGAGGCAGUGCUGGAUGUUCGCGUAUCCCUGAGGUUGUUCAGUGUUACAACAAAGGUUGGGAUGGCUAUGAUGUGCAGUGGCAGUGCAAAGCAGACUUGAAAAAUACCUACCGUUUUGGACGACUUGAAGUGAGCUGCGAAGGCUACGAUUAUCCGGAUGAUCCUUACAUCUUAAGAGGCUCCUGCAGUUUGCUGUUCAAGCUAGAGCUGACUGAGGAAGGCGAAAGGAAAGCGAAGAGCUCUGGAAGCUUUGGAUCUGGCUAUCAUCAGUCAGGGAAGGAUUCUUCUGAUUCUGGUGUUGGAGCAAUUGUUGUAACUGUUCUUCUGGUUCUUGCUUUUGGAGUAUACAAGCUCUUCCUCAGUAACCAGCAGCCUCAGGAGAGUUUUGGUGACAGUGAUGGAUUCACUAGGCCUUUCUGGCAGAGUCAGCAGGCACCUCCUCCUCCUGGUUUUAAGUCCAGCUUCACAGAGGGCAACGGCUUUGGGACUUAUUCCAGUCAUGAAACCAACUCAGGACCAGGAUUUUGGACCGGAUUAGGAGCAGGAGGCUUGCUAGGCUACUUGGCUGGCAGUAACAGAGCACAGCCAUGUUCCCCACAUUACGGUAUGCGGACAGAUCCCACACCUCCAAUGAGUGGGCACUCAAGCAAUUCCACACAAGAUGGCAGUUCAGGAACAAGAACUGCUUCUGGCUUUGGUGGCACAAAACGAAGAUGAAAUGCUUGACGUUAUUACAUCUGAGUGAUUGAACUAAUCCUCCCUGUGUGCUAGCACUUUUUUUAUUAGUGGUGGGCUUCAGAAGUGGAUAUGAGGUGUGAAGGACUAGGCAAAGAAAUCCUCUCCCUGUGGAAAUGUGGACCCUCACUCUUGUUUAGGGUAUUACAGGUGCUGGAACGUCCGCUAUUUCACAACAGCAGCUUCUCAGAAGAUUGAAAAGAAACUCAUCCAAGUUAAGAAGAAUGAUGUUAACAGCGCCUGUCUAUUUGUCUGUACUUGAGGGAUUAUGGCAAUAGUAGCCUUAUCAGAUUUUCAAAGCAAGGGGUGUUGCUCUUUGAAACUACUUUUGUUUGUCUUUGUAAAAUUCAUGUGAACAUUAUUGUAAGUGCAAUCAGUUACUUGGGUGUUGGGGUUUUUCCUUAAUGGGAAAGAGCAAAACCAGAGAGAGAGAGACAGGCCAACAUUCAUACAAUGUUUGUAUCUGUGCUAUGUGACUACUGGAGCCAAAAUUGGCAUAUUCAGGGACACUCCAUGUUUUAGGGUUUAUCCAGGGGGCUGUGCAAACCUGGGGGAGUUUGUGUAUAAAUUAUGAAAAAAAACCCAAACCAAACUAAAAACCCAGAAUGAGACAAGAUGGUCCUUCUCUAAUUUGGACUGAGGUCGUUUAAAUUCAGGUAGCUACAGACGCUUCACCCACACUGAGACUCCAGACUGUUUUUUUGAUGGUGGAUGGUAGCAGUGCUGUGAAGACUGGCUUAUAUCUCAGUCUCUGUCCAGAACACAGUAAACCAAAGCUGCUUGUUGCAAAACUGAAGGGAGCAUUCUUAAUCCAAAGCUGGUGGUUAUCUCUAGAACAUAGUAGACCUUGAGACUAAGCGACGAAGGGACAUUGAAUGUCUUACGGGAUGUAAACUUUCCCAAAUGUACUUUUUAAAAACAACAUGCUGUCAAAGAGUAGAAAGCAGAGAGACCUUGCUGUGUUCUGCGGUGACAUUUUGGGGUUCUGAAAAAUGUCUCUCGGUUCUUUUGUGAUUGAUUGUGGCCUGGGAGAGGCAUCACUGAAAAAACCCAGAGAAAUUUCUCAGGAUUGGGCAGGAGGAAGAGUGAAAACGGGCUGCUUUACCUCCAGGUCUUCUCGAGAGGCUAAGCUGUCCUAAUACAGCUUAGAAGUGUGUGUGCACAGCUCCUCUGGGCUGGCAGCAGUCUGAGAAGCCAAGCUUUCACUCUUGUGAAAAUACUGUGUCUGGAAAUUGAUGAAAAACAUUACAGCAAAAGCAAAGCACUGUUUUGCUGAUACAAGCUGCGUCUCCACAAGGAGAUUUGGCAGCUGUGGUUAGUCUAGGAAAGUGACAUCAGCGUUACUCAUCAAAAAGCAACUAUGUCCAUCUAUGAGUACAGAAAUAAUUGGCUCAAAUGAUAACACCGGAGUUGAAUGUCUGGCUUAAGCAACAAAAAUCCCAUAGAAAUCUUUAAGAAGUUGACAGAAGCUACAAAAAAAGUACUAGAGCUUGCGCUGAAAAUGUGAAAAUCUUGAUAAAAUUGAUAACUUGAGGACAAAAUCACUGUGGUUUGCUGCUCAGAGCUGCUUGAGGACUGGGGGGGGAAAUAGCGUCAUUAACAGCCUUCUCUAUCAGCCUAGAAAGCAGGGAAAUGUCAAAGACCUUAUUGUUGGCCUAUAAGAAAGUUUUAAUUUUUCUGAGGAAAAGUAGAUGAUAAAGGUUUAUCUUUUUGACCAAAUAUAGCAAAAUAAUGUAUUUUAAAUGUGGAGUUCUUAUCUUUAAGUGUAUUCAGGUUGAAACUUGUCAAGUCACUACUCUUUCUGCCAACUAAUUACAAUAACAAUGAAACUGGAAUUUUGCUAACUGGGUACUUUGAAGCUGAAGCUUACUCUCAAAUUGUGAGGUGUUAUGAAAUGGUUUUGACAAUGUUUUCAUUUGUAUUUAUUACAGUUUCUGCAUGAAAUGUGUUUUGAUGCAUAAAUCUGAUGAAUUACCAUAGUUUCUGAAUCUGUUUGUAGGAUAUUUUUGCUGUUCCCUUUGAUAAAGUAAUGAAAUAAGUGAAUAAGGA